AUGGGUCUUAGAGAUCCGGACUUUUCAUGUUUGUCUGAGGAGGAUCUAGCUGCCGAAAGGAUAAAGCCUGUUCAUACAAUUUCAUUAAAUGGUGCCACAUUAUAUUUGGAUGGUGCUCAACUUGAUCGUCAAGAUAUUGAAAUUGUAGAAGGAGAUAUUGCGUUCCCAAAAGGAACAGUACCACAUGCGGAAAAUAGAAAUGCCUAUGUAAAAGCAGCCAAAUGGGCAAAUGGCAUCAUACCAUACGAAAUUGACCGUUUUUCGUCGUAUUCAGCUGGCCAAAUAAAUAUAAUAACUGCAUCGAUGAGAAAACUUGAAUCACAAACAAAUAAUUGUAUCAGAUUUGUUCAGCGAACAAGUCAACCUACGUGGAUUCGAAUAUACGAUGGAUCCGGUUGUUGGUCUUAUAUGGGACGACAGUAUAGCUCCGGUUCGCAAGAUGUAUCUAUCGAUAAGAACGGUUGUGUAUCUCAAUCCAUUGUUAUUCACGAACUAUUACAUACUGUCGGUUUUGCUCAUGAACAAAGUCGACCAGAUCGGGAUAGUUCAGUGGCAGUGCAAUGGACUAAUAUUCAAAAUGGACAAUCAAAUAAUUUUCAAUCUUUUGUCAACGGUGAAUCGAGCACGCUAAAUCAACCCUAUGAUCUAGGUUCAAUUAUGCAUUACAAAUGGAAUGCAUUUUCGAAAAAUGGCCAACCAACACUAUUACCUACAUCAGCAACUGUUCCAAAAGAAAUUAUGGGCGCUGCUAAGGAAAUGAUCACUUUGGAUAUAAGAAAAGUGAAACAAUAUUAUAAUUGUCAAUAA